CACAGCUGAGACACAAAGCAACACCAGCAGCAAAGAAGAGACUCACAACAAGACGACUCCACACUGAACUGUGAAGAUGCUGUGCUCUCAUGGACUCCACUCUGCCCUCAGUCCCUCCAUCAACCUCUACUGGCCUGUACGCAGCCUGCGGCCGGAGGUCAGACCUCUGCUCCAGCAGCAGGAUCGACUGCAGAGGGACCUACACCAGCUGUGCAGCAGUCUGCAGCUGAUGGACACACUUCAACACCACAUCCUGGAGGAGAAGGAGCAUCUCCAAACCAGUGAGGCCCAGCAGCCGGUCUCCUUCCAGCAGCCGGUCUCCUUCCAGCUGCAGAAAGACGGAGAGACCUUUGCCCUGACCCUGGACACUGAAGGCUUCUCCCCAGAGGAGCUGAGUGUCAGGCAGGUGGGCAGGAAGCUGAGAGUCAGCGGGAGGACGGAGAAGAAGCAGGAGGACGGGAAAGGCUCCUACUCCUACAAGCUCCAGGAGUUCAGACAGGAGCUGGAUCUGCCUGAAGGGCUGAAGCCUGAAGCCGUCACCUGCUGCCUGGCUCCAGACGGGAAGCUGCACAUCCAGGCAGCCAGAGCUCCACCUGCUGAGGAGGCCGAGAGAGAGCUGACGAUCCAGAGGAGCACGGAGGAGCAACCACAGCAGAGUGUGUGUUCACACACAGAAGAGAGGGAGACAGACGACAGCACACAGGAGCAGGCUCCACACAAGGACUGAUCUCAAUGCUGCUGUGAACAUGUGCUUCUAGAAAAGAGUUUAAUGAUGAUUCUGUUUUUCAAAGUGUAAUCAACAAAUACACUGGAACUAUGUAAAGUCUGUUUUAUAAUGAAUAAUGAUUCAUGUUUGUGUUUGUAAAUAAUCCUGAUUAAAUAAAUAUAUCCAAACUUCA